CACUGGGACUUUCCGGAUACGUCACUCGGGGCUUCCGAGUUAUUAAGCUAGUGUUACCUCUGUGUUCAUGUCCCCAGACGCUAUAAACGCCCCUUCGUCGCUCGGAGCACAUCCCAAACGAGACCAUGAAAACGCCAAAGGCCCCCAGCAGCGCCGAAAGGUUUCAAUAUUGAGACGUCGUCGUCUGGAGCGACGGUAAGAGCGAGAGGCGGAAUGUCAACAACGCGGCCCCUCCUCGGAAUGAGACGAGUCACCGAGCUAACGUGCCCGGAGCAGCCGACCAGCAGGCUCCCUGCGCCCGCCGGGAGGCAGCAGCCGGAGGCCCCCACCGUGGACGAGUUUACAGUGCUAGAGGAUAAAGAAGACGAACUGAAAUGUGCCAAGCCUCGAGUAGAGCAGGUUUUUAAAGUAACGUUCACUAUUAUCGGUCUGUUGGACCACACGGGACAGCCGCACGGUAGCAAAACAUUACGGCAGAUAUGGCUGCAGCUCAGAGGAAACAGAGAAGACGUGUCAAAUGCAAAGGAAUAUGUUCGAGGAUUGUGUGACCCCGAACUGCAGAAAGAAGAGAGGUACCCAGUGGACAUGCACUGUAUUUUUGCUGGUGCCCGGGGCCUCUUCCUGGACAGGCUCAUACGGGACACAAGUGCUGAAGUUGUGGUGCGUGAGCCAGGCCGUCUUCGGUUGUUGGGCCGGGCGGAACCCGUAGUGAUGGCCCAGAGCAGAGUUCAGCAAUUUGUAGCACUAUUCCAGGAGAAGCGAAGUCUGCCUAGCGACAGAGAGCCCGCAGUGAAACGAGCGUUCAAGUCCUUUGUGGAAGAAAGGGAUGAUAAGUACACUAUGGAGCUUCUUCUGCUACCCAGUGCCCUAAAGGAGGAGUUACUGGGACUGGCUCAUAGCCCCACUACCACCAACACAUCCUCCCUGGUUCAGCUUAACCAGACGCUGUAUUCCAGCAUGGCAGAGGUCGAUCAGGACCGCUCACAGAGUAGCACCCCUGUGACGGAGCUCUCCAACCGCAUCCUUGACACCAGCUUUGAAGAGAGAGGGGCCGGAGCAGCAUCUGUCAUUGGAGGUAGUAAAGCAGGAGGAGUGAUGGGCUUAUGUCCUGAGGCGGUCCUGCUCAACGGCACUCGGCCCUCACACAAGCGGCGCUCAUCUGAGAGCGAGACUCGGGACACAAAGAGACAGUAUUCUCUGGAGCGGAGGGAGGAGUCGCCGGAGAGAGCGAGAGAGCGGGAGCGACAGAGGGACAGAGAGGGCAGGGGGAGCAGUAGCAGCUGUCGAUCCAAAACCCCCUCUGCUUCAUCAUCCCUCUCCUCUUCAUCUAAAGCAAACACGGUUGGCGGUCCGAUCAUGUUGGACGCCAGUGAAGGAGUCUCAGAUGACAGUGAGGCAGUCAGUCCAGAAACCAACCUCCGCUGCUUGGUCAACUUCUUCAGAACCAUGGGUUAUCAGCAGGAAGUGGUGGAGCGUGUCGUCAAGGAGACGGGACAGACAGAAGACACCUUCCUCGUUCUGGAGAAAAUUGUUGCGGAAACCAAGCUUCAUGAAGAGGGAAAAGUAGGGGGAAAAGAAAGACAGUCGAACUCUGUACGCUCCUCAGACACUCCCUCCUCAUCGUCGUCGUCCUCUUCUACGGUCUCUCGUUUCAGAGAGAAGGAGCGUGAGCUGAGUCGAGUAUUAGUAGACCCGGGCAGGUCCAAAGAGAACAUUAAGCCCAACCAGCAUGGUGGCAGCAGUAACGGUCUGGGCCAUCGAAGGCAGUGCAGUGGCAGCGAGACCAGCACUCAGCAGGCCAUCACUAUCAAGAGGAGCUCUAGUGCUCAGGGAGGAGCAGGAAACUACGAGGUUAUUACCAUUGACGAUGACGAUGAUGUCAUCCCCAUGAAUACCAAAACAGCAGAUAGUAGGACGUCCCGGAUAAUGACAGUGGCCCACCUGGACACCCAGUCAGGAUCCAGAACAGACUACUUGGCGCGGGGAGCAGGUGGCGUCUCACAGAGGGACUACCUGUCGAGGGGUGGGACUCAGACUUUAGGAGGAUCCGUCAAAGUUGAGAGUGUGACAGCGUUGCGCAGCACGCCUCAGUGGCUAACUGCCACAACCUCCUCCUUAGCAUCAACACCCAGUUCAGCUCAGCCCAUCACCCGGCCCUCUGCCUCUCCCUAUCAGACCAUCAGCCACAUAGGGUUUCAUGGGGUCGGAGCCAGGACUCCUCCUGCAAACGACCCCCCGGUGCCCCCGGUAACUGGCUUGGCUCGUUUCCAUCAGUCACUGAGGACUCCGUACACUCUGAAGCUGCCAAAUGAGCCGGGACGUCAGGAGCUCAGACAUAUCAUCAUUGAUGGCAGCAAUGUGGCUAUGGCGCAUGGCCUUCAUCGGUUCUUCUCAUGUCGAGGAAUAGCACUGGCUGUGGAGACGUUUUGGAGGCGGGGCCACAGAGAGAUCACUGUAUUUGUCCCUCAGUGGCGUCAGAAGAGAGACCGACUCACAACAGAGCAACAUUUUCUAAACCAGCUAGAAGACCUGAGAUUGCUCUCCUUCACUCCCUCCAGGGAGGUCUGUGGCCAGAGGAUAUCCUCACAUGACGACAGGUUCCUGCUCCACCUAGCAGAAAAAACUGACGGGAUCAUCGUAACCAAUGACAACCUCAGGGACUUUGUCGACACAUCAGACACCUGGCGCAAGAUCAUUCAAGAGAGGUUGCUUCAGUUUACUUUUGUGGAGGACCACUUCAUGAUCCCUGAUGACCCUCUGGGGAAAUACGGACCUCAUAUCGACAUCUUCCUGCGUAAAGACCACAGGAGGGCUCCAGUCACUCCUCCCCCUCUGAGACCCCCAGACUUGCGGCCAUCCUCCCAGCAGCAGCAGCCAGUUUACGUCCAGGCCCUGCACUCUGCUCCUCGGACCCCAGCCUCCACGCCAUGGCCCCUCCUCCCCACUGCACAGUGGCCCCACUCUGGUCCCCCCGAAUGGCACCCGCCCCGCCGUUCCCCUUCCCCCUCACCCUCACCACCUCCCCAGCGGUCACCGGGGGAGACGUCAGAGUUGAAACGGAAGCUGUACGACAUAUUCCCGGACCAGAAGCAACGGAUCGACCGCAUCCUCAGCGACAACCCGUACAUGAGAGACCUGAACGCCCUGUCGGGGCUGCUGCUCGGAUAAAUAACUGGCUCCACAAUGAGAAUCAGCAGACACACACACAGUACAUACACACACAUGCAAGAAUAUAAAUAUGUGUCAGCAAAAAAAAUAAUUUAUUUUACCACUUAUUCCAGCCUGGCGGACAUGGAAAGUUUGUUUUAAAUAGUAUUUCACAUAAAAACUGAUCAUCAAAGUAGCUGCUACUGGCAAAAAGUAUUAUAUUUUUUCUCUCCUCCCUCCUUUGCUCUCAAAUGGUGAACAACACUGCUAUCUACAGAGGCAAAAUGUCAGGCAGCAAAGUCUUAUUUUUUUCAGAUGGUAAUAAAUCAUUGCAGAUCAUUGACAAUGGUCCAGAAGUUCCUUGAAUGUGGGACCAGCACUGGGAGAAAAUGUUUUGGACCAACAGCCCACGUGACAGUGGCUCCAGCUCAGCAUGUGAUGGGCUUCUUCUGCAAAACCUUGUUUACCAUCAGACUCGAACACCUCUCUGAAUAUUCAAGCUCUGAGCUUUUUCUGGAUAAAAUCUGGGACAUCGACAUUGUUUGCAUGUUUUUAUUUUUUCAGUAUAUUCGUUAUACACUCGGGCUUUACCAGGUUAUUGCACCCUUCUAUCAGUCAGCAGUUUCAGCAGUUGGGAAUCAUUCAACAUCAACAGGGACGACUGAGUUUUAAAUUACCACAGAUGUUUCUCAUUUCAUUGUCGGUGUACUUUCCGGGAGCAUGAAAAGAUCACUAGUUUUACCAUAAUAAAAUCACUACUAGUGACUGGCAAUGUUGGAUAGAAAUCCCAAAAGCCACAUUUGGAUAGUACAUACAACUUUAAUUUCAGUUUUACAGCUAACCAUAUUAAAGAUAAGCAUUUAGUCAAGUGUAAGGCUAAUAUUUUGAGGCUGUGUAGAUGGGCAGUUACGAUUACGAUCAUUUUUUCAGAUUUACACACACACACACACACACACACACACACACACACACACACACACACACACACACACACAGAGACACAGAGGCUGGGUUAAUCUCACUUUCACUCACCAUUUUCUCUAAGUAAAGCAGCACUGCCCAUCUCUAUGCCUUUAAAAUAUUGCCUGGUUGAAUCUAGAUGAUGCAUUUGUACACUACAAAUUAUUCCUAAAAUUUUACAACCAUAUCAACUAACUGAAAAGUGUUUUUCAAAACUACGGUUCUCUUUCAGCCAGGAAUCUUGAUAAUGCAUUGCAUUAGAAUUUCAUUGUUUUGGCAAAAAUUGUCUCUCUAUUCAGAAGGAAAUACACCCGCACACAAUAACAACUGCCCCCAUGUUCUCUGUCUUUAGAGAGAUGUUCCUGGUAGCUCUGUGUUGCUUCUCACACCUGCUGUUUAGAAGUGAUCUCUGAGAAGCUGUGGAAGAACUUGAAUUUGCUGCUCUGAUAUUAAGAGUUUGAAAUUAGUUUGAAUCCCGGCAUCACUUGUUCCAGUUAGAUACACCGUUAAACAGUGUUUUCAUGAGGAUGCAGUCUGUAGAUCUACAUCAGCAUUUUCAUCUGAGAUGCGUUGUUAGUUUUUCGCCCCGGUCUUUGGGCGAUAACGUAUGUCAGUCCAUCUGGUUUUGGAUGGAAACACUACAAGAGUUUGGAUUUAUCCUUUUGUUGAUUUAAGUUAAAUAACACACUUAUAUUUGAAAUCACACACGCCAUACCAUUUUGCUAACCAGAAAAAAAAAAAAACUUGCGAGGACGACUUGAUUUACUUCAGUUACAUUUGUAAUUAGUGUUUAAUAGAUACAUUUUAUGCACUGAAGGUAAGUAAUGGUGUAGUGCGUGAAAUAAGGUUUCAUUGAUGAAUCCUCAGAAAGCUUAUAGUUUGUUUUUUUUUACCCUCAUACACCCAGAGAAUCUGGGCUUUGUAAUAUACAAACACUUUAUUUCCUUGUAAUAAUAUAAAGAAAGAAUAUCUGCACAAAAACUUUACAAGGUGUCAAAAAAAGAUGUUUUGUUCGUACUUGCAAUGUUGUUGUAAGGAUUACUGAAGGAUUUUUCCCCUCUUGUAUUAUAAUUAUUUUGUGUAUAUCGAUUUUGUUUUUUUGUAUAUACAGGCAUUUUUGGCUACAGUGCACAUAUGGUUUUAUGUAUGUGGAAAAAACAAAAUAAAUACGGCAGUCCCCAUGAAGCUUUUU